AUGUUUCAUUCAGAGGCUGAGUUAUGGAGUCUCCUUAGAGGCUUCUGGAGAAAUGAGGAAACAAGUAUGGAGACAGUGAAGAAGUUCUUGGAGAAAGAAGGUGAAAUGGCAAUGACAAUGGAUGGGCUGCCAGACAAGUUCUUUGAGUCCUUUAUCAUGGAAGGCAUUAAAGUUGAUCUCCUUGAACCCGGUCGUAUUAUUUGUUUCUUCAAAGUACCCACCACACCAACCCCCCCGCCCCACCCCCCAACACCCCACCCCCUCCUCCUCCUCCUCUCUUUACUAAAAGGAGGCAAUUUCAUGCACGGUGGAGCAUAUGCUUACCCUGGUGAGGAAGUUGAGAUUGAGGCUAAGGCUUUACGAGUUUAG